AUGGCAACUUCAAGUCCAUUACCCUCAGAGCAGAAAUAUGAGGCACUCGGAAAAGAGAGGAACUGCACUACAAGUCAUGGAGAUCCAAGUAAAAAUGGCAGCAUAUUGGUGGAUCUGGGGGUAGGAGUGGGAGUAUUCACAAGUGCUAAGAAUGAUGCCGAACAAAUUUUGGAGGCCUACUGCCGUGUAUUCACACAAGACAGAGGUAGCUCACCCUAUUAUGAACCAUGCCACUUUUUUUACUUUUGGUUGGGAAAUUUAUUAAAAGACAAAUUAACAGGCCCUGCUUCUCUGCACGACGCCAUGAAACCUGCUUAUACGCAUCUGGGAAAUUUCCAAUUUAAAGGUGCAUUCAAGGAGAAGUGUGAGGAUUUAUAUCCUUAUAUUGGCAAAGAUCUCUUCGACCUCUAUAAGAAAAUUUUCGAUUACGCUUAUAAUUAUAAGAGUUUAGAAAGUAAGAGCGAAGUGAAGAAUAAAUUUUUAUGCAGUUCAGAAUGUGCCACAUAUGUGAAGGAAGUUGAACAAGCCUACUCAAGUGUAAAUAGUGCCUGCGGGAGUGAUGCGUCGGGGGAUAAAUUCUGUCAGGAACUGAAGACUGAAUAUAGUAAAUAUUUUGAUAAUAACCAUAAACCAAAAUGGAAAUGCACUCCUGUGACUGAAGGAGAAUCGGAAGACGAGGAAGAAGAAGACCACGAUGAUGACGACAACCCUCUAUGGAACAUAGAAGAAAUAGAAGAAGAGAAAUUGAGUGCACUACCGUCACGUGCACAAUUCUACAAAAGCUUCGAAGGCGGCGAGAGUAGUUGUGGAGGCGAGGAUGAGAAUGACUGGACGUGGAUCAAACAAAUGAGGCACCCUUUGGGGGAGGAUAAGGCUCCCGAUAUUAACGAGUUUACCGAACGAAUUAUAAAGGGUUUGUGCUAUGUACAAAGAAUGAAGAGCAGCUCUACUACCAAUAAUAACAAAUAUUGUAACUUCUUUUACUUUUGGGUGGGGGGUAUGUUGUGGAGAAAAUUUAAGUGGAGAAAUAAAUCAUUCAGAGAUAAUAUGGAAAAGAUUAAGGUUGCAGUGGAGCAGAAUACAAGUGAGCAUGGGUGCACCUUCAAUUUUCCGACUAGAGGGAUGAAGUAUUUCAUGCUAAAUAAAAUUUUGUUCGAUUAUUUCGAAGACAAAAAUUACAUGAAGACAGCUUUAGGUGAGCAGCAUGGGGGGAUGAAUUGUGCUAACCCAUAUUAUAAGUACUUACAAAGAGCAUAUAAUGCUUAUUGGACUAUGAGGGGUUUGUGUCCAGAUGUGGUGGAAGGUGGGGGAAGUAAUAAUGGGUGGUGUACGGAAUUUAAUAAUUUGUAUAAUGUCUGUAAAAAUGGGGGGAAGGCGGACACACAUGCUGAGUGUAAGGUGGCACUUACAGAACCAUUAGGAACUUUAUGUACAGACCGUUCCAAUCCAGCCUCGAUGGAAGAGGAAAAUGCACUUUCCACACCAACGGGUACAUCCUCCUCCACCACCUCCAUUCCUGGUACUGUAGCUGGUGGUACAUUAGCAACAGUUGGAUUACCAACCAUCGGUUUCUUUUUAUAUAAAUAUACUUCCCUAUUUGAUGGAAUAAAAAACUCCCUCUUUGGUGGUAGUAAUAAUACAGGAGGAAGGAAUAGGGGAAGAGGAAGAAGAUCUACUAUUCGACAUCAACACUUUGAUGACAAUUUCACAGGGAAUGAUUCUUCCACACUAGGAGACGAUUCUUCCACCCUAGGUGGUGGUGGUGGGGAAUCGUCCACCUUAGGUGGUAGCUCCACCGAUGUUUCGACCAUCUAUAAUGAACCACCUAGUAGACCAACCGGAAGUACACGAACAAGAACAAAUAAUAGAAGACAAGGAAAUAUACGUUAUUAUGCCACGUAA